CUAUGGUAGUGGGUGGAAACAGUGAAUCUGUUUGCCACAGCUCUAGACUCUGCUGCUGUGGGCUGGGCUCGGCCCUCCCCCAUCCUCCCCCAUCCUCUCCCAUAACGGGCUAUGGAGACUGUGACGUGAGCGGCCAGGACUCCAAAUAAGCACCUGUCCCUUUACGUCACGCCUCCUCCCCAUAUGAAGAGCAUGUGAUGGUUUUCCAAACAGGUCAGUACCCGUGGUCAGUGGAGCGGGUCUAUAAACCCCCCCACCCUGGUCCUACUCUUCAUUCAACUGCAUUUGAGACCAGGACAGACCGAUCACUGGAGCUUCACUGUGAAGAAUGGAGACUUCCGGCUGUUCUCUGGUUAACAACAACCACACAGCUACACUGUGGACCAGUCUGAACCACCAGAGACAACAGAGCCACUUCUGUGACUGUGUCCUCAGACUGGGACACAGCCCUGCUCAGCUGUACCCUGUCCACAGGUGCGUCCUGGCAGCCUGUAGUCCGGUCCUGGCCUGGAUCCUGUCCUCCUCCAGUGUCCUGGUGGACCUGCAGGCUCUCUUCCUUCCUGCCUCGGUGCUGGUCCUUGUCAUAGACUACAUUUAUACUGGGACACUGUCGUACAGUCAAACCAGGGAACACUACUACAGUCUGCUCGCUGCCGCCCACUACCUGCAGAUGACUGAGCUGCAGGAGGCUCUCAGGACGUGGCAGGAAGCUAACGAUGUGAACGUUAACAGUCAAAGUGAGACCGACUUCAGUCCUGAGAGUGUGAAGAGAACAGAGAGGUUUUCUGACGGGGAGGGCGGCGGACCUUCAGGAACUGUGGACUCCUGGGUCGGAGGUCGAGAACACAAUGAACCUGGUGUUGUUCAUCAAACAUCCACCAGGGACACUGAGCUGCUGAUGGAUCUCCCCCAUCCAUCUGGUGCAGUAACACCACCAUGGAGGCAGAGGAGCACUGAUGAGGAGCUCAACAACAGGAGUCACUCUCUGACUCCACCUUCAUCACCUCCUCACUACAGAGGAGCAGUGACGGUCAUCCGCCACAGCGGUGGACCACAGCACGCAGAACCAGGACUAGAACAGAAUGUUCAGGACAGUUCCAGGGACGAACCUUGUUUCUCCAGCAGCACCAAAGGACACUGUGCUGGAGACGGGACGGACCUGGACCAACAGCUGAGUGGAUGUGAUGAUGACAUGGUCCACAACCCUGCAGCUCCAGAAUCAUCAGGUUUGGUCAAUGCCACUCACACAGCCGUGUACCAGAGGUUUGAUGUCAAGAGGGCGGACACAGAGACACGUCAACACCCUGACCACAGAGGAGUGGACCGGUCCUACUUUGGAUAUGUCCAUUAUCACUGCCUGUCUAAAGAGGACACACACUUCAAACCCAGCUGCAUGGUUGACUCCAGUCCGUCCAGUGAUGAAGAGCAGACUGGGACCUUCACCGGUUCUGGUUCCACUGCCCAUUGGCCAGCGUUGGCUGUGGUACCAAGCAGAGAGGUUCUGAUGCUGGACAUCGGGACAAGUCAAUCUGCUGAGUUGUUCACGUCUCACCAACACAGAAGAAAAGAUGUUGGAGAGACAGAAAUUCCUCUGGAAGAAAACUGUUCUGGAACCGAUGAGAGAAAAGAAAAGUUCAAAGACGGAGCUGUGACAUUUGCCAAGGUCAAACAAACAUCUGAGAGAGUUCCUGUGGCUGCAGGGUCCAACCAAGGACAGACGACAGUUGGUAUCACCUGUGGAGGGGGGAGCUCAGGAGGUGUUUCCCACCCUGACCCCCAGCGAGUCCUGGCUGAAGUACCAGACUCAGGUCCUGUUCCAGACGUUGGGUCUAAAAACCCUCCGUCAGCAGCUCUUCAUCUUUUCCAGUGUUCUCUGUGUGAGCGUUCCUUCAGCCAGAGAGGUUCUCUGAACCGACACCUUAGAAGACACCUGGGACUCCGCCCCUUUUCCUGCCCCUGCUGCCCCAUGACCUUUUCACGCCAGUACCGUGUGACUGAACACAUGCGCGUUCACCAACGCUGCGGCCAGGGGAACCACCUGCUCAAACCGCCCACCUCCUCUGUUUGAUAUUGAUGUAUGUGUUAAAUGGUCCAGUAUGUGUCAGUGACACCUACUGGUGAAAGUUCAGAAAGCUCACGCCUGUCUUUCCUAUAGUGGUGGUAAUCACUGGUCACUCUCUGGUCACCCUUGUGUUUGUGUAAUGUUCCUGACCUGCAGUACUGACAGGCGUGUACUCUGUCCAGUGUGUACAGAGAAAACACAGGUACAACUUAGUAUAAAAAGAUGUUUAUAAAAA